AUGAGGGAAUCCCAACAGCCACAGCGAUGGUCGGAGACGUUGUACGCCAUUUUGAAUGAGACAAAUCGAACGUAUACUAUAAUUGAUAAGCAUGGGUGUUCAAUCGAUAAUGAGAUUAUGCCAACUCCUGAAUACGACAUUGUUAAUAACUUGAUCUACACACCUUCUAAGGCGUUCAGAUUUGCCACUUCAAAUCAUGUUCAUUUUCAAUGCAUGAUAUCUCUUUGUCGUCGAGUAGAUUCGAAAUGUCGCCAGCAGAUUCCGCCGAGGUGUCGAAAAUCGCAGAAAAAACGUCGGGCUCUUGACACCAGCGAGCUCACAAUCGAGCAAAGAUUGCGGCGAAUUCAAGCAAUCAUGAAUGUCGAGAAUUCCACCGAAAUUGGCGAAGGUCUGAUUACGAGCGUCGCUGAAACCCUACAAGUGAAGGAGCAGAAGGAUUAUACAAUUGAAAAAUACGAAUCCAUCAUUCGGACAUAUCAAGCAUGGACGUCAAUUCUGUGCAUUCUCAACAUCUUGCUCGUCGUUGUCACCAUUCUCAUCACACUUCGAUUGCUCAAAAACAAGUACAUAAUGGAUAUCAAAGACAAAACCCAAGCAAUAUUCCGACGAUCACCAUUUUAA